GGGAGAAUAUCAGCUCUGCACAGGGAGGAGAGGAUUAGCGCGGCCACUCGGCUCAUCUGCAUACACACAUUCCCAGAGAAGCACAUGAGCACCCAGGGCUGCACCUCUUUUGUAUAAAACCUGGCACUCCUACUGCACAGGGCUCCACUUGAUCCACUGUCACUGCUGUGAGAGGAUUUAUAAGGACCACUGCUUUACUUUUUUAUUUUUUGGACUCCAGACUCUUUUUUUGGUCAUUUGAAUUGCUCUCUGCGAUGUCUCUGUUUAACUGGGACAAUGCAAGUAAUAUCGUUUGAUACAGACUGGCUUUGAGCAUCAAGGAGCUUCAUCUGUCCUACUGUUCUACUGGGCUUGCUCCAUCAUCUGGUUGGGGGACAACAACAGCAGCAGCAGGAGCAGAAUGCCAUCUAGAGAGUCCUACGAGGUUCACAAGGAAGAGAAGUCCCUGGUGCAAAAGGCCAAGCGAGAGGCCAAUCAGGAGGAUAUUCUGGCUGCCGCUCUGGGGAUGAGGAUGGGGCCACAGAAACCUCCAGCCGCUUUCUGGCAGCCACUUAAACUCUUCGCCUAUUCACAGCUCACCUCACUGGUGCGCAGAGCGACACUGAGGGAGAGCGACCGGACGCCCAAAUCUGAGAAAGUCCACAACUUCAAGGUCCACACCUUCCGAGGGCCUCACUGGUGCGAGCACUGUGCCAGCUUCAUGUGGGGACUGAUGGCCCAGGGGGUCAAAUGUGCCGAUUGUGGUUUGAACGUCCACAAACAAUGCUCCUCUCUGGUCCCUGAUGACUGCAAGCCCGACCUGAGACACAUCCGUAAAGUCUACAGCUGUGACCUCACCACCCUGGUCACAGCUUACAACACAGCACGGCCCAUGGUGGUGGACAUGUGCAUACGAGAGAUCGAGUCCAGAGGGCUGAAGUCUGAAGGCCUCUACAGGAUAUCUGGAUUUAGCGAUUCAGUGGAGGAGGUCAAGAUGGCAUUCGACAAAGAUGGCGAGAAGACAGACAUCUCAGUGAACGCCUAUGAAGACAUCAAUAUCAUCACGGGUGCACUCAAACUGUACCUGAGGGAUUUGCCCGUUCCCGUCAUCUCGUACGACGCCUACCCCAGGUUCAUCGAGGCUGCCAAGCUCACAGACCCAGAAAAGAAGCUGGAGGCUUUCCGCGAGGCUCUGGCUCUGCUGCCGCCAUCACACAGCGAAACUCUCAAGUACCUCAUGGCACAUUUAAAAAGGGUGACGCAGAACGAGAAAUUCAACCUGAUGAACAAAGAGAACCUCGCCAUUGUUUUCGCGCCCACCCUCAUGUGCGCAGCGGACCUGGACGCCAUCACAGCGCUCAACGACAUCCGCUACCAGAGACAGGUGGUGGAGACGCUCAUCAAGAACGAAGACGUGCUCUUCUGAACCCAGAUCAGGACUUUUAUACGACAGCCCUCUAAUCACUCUUUGGUGUAAAGACUUGAUUACUGUUUGUAUUACACCUAGACUGUACAUAAGAUGGACGACAAGAUGGCUCCCCAAAAGUGAAGCCAAAGCACCUUGAUCGCCACCAGAUGGCUGGCUGCAGUGUUGGACAUAUAUCCCGCCUCAUCCAUGUUAGUGGAUGGGACAUGGACUAACUAAAAAUAUCUGAAAUAGAUUUUCUCUCUCUCUAUUUUUGAUUUUAAUUUGUUAUUUGAAGCUAAAACAACAGCUGAGACUGUCUCACGAUUACUUUUCUGAAGACUGGCUCAAAAUGCACAAGAUGGCACAUUUGUGUCCUGGUUAUUUUGGCUUCACUUCUCGAUAAUGGUUGGAGAAGUGGAGACGCAUCAUCCAUCUUUAAAUACAGUCUAUGGUUUUACAUCUAUUGAUACAUUUUUUUAAUGCCCUGUGUAUGGUCUAGUGCUGACCCAACAUCUGUCCUCCCCUGUGCUGGGCGUGGAUGAUGAACCUGACACUUGUACGUACUCUUUGUCUCCCCAUUUUUGUCGGGGGAUUUUUCAGAAGCUGACAGACCAGCAUGCAUGGUGCGAGGUCUUUGUUGCAUUGUAGUGGUGACCCAGCAUGUGUUAAACAUCGAGUAGCGCUUGUGAUUUAGCUUAUGUCUGAUUUUGUAGAAGUUUUAGUUCACAUUCCCGUUUGCCCCUGCGCAGUUAUUUCUGUGAAACGUUGCAUUGCUGGAUGUAAAAAAAAAAAAUGUUCUGGGGUAAUUUCUAUGAUGCUGUAUUUUUUUAUCUCCUGUUUCUAUGUAACCUGCAGUGCUUAGUUGAAUGAGCCUUUCCUGUUACUGAGUACA